AUGUUCCCGCAGACCGAAGCAACGCUUCUCAGAGAGCUGACCGAAGUCCCUGCCGGCUGGCCCCUGGCGACCGUCAUCGACGCCUUCGCCUACUUGGCGGAUUACCCUGAUGCUGCGAAGCAAGCUCGCGAGGCGCUGAGCCUGCGGCUCUUGGAGCUCUGGGCCUCGCAGCCGCAGGAGGCCGAGGCCUUGCCCAUUCGCUUCGGAGAGCUGAAGGGCACGGCGACGAGGCAGGAGCGCCUCUGCGAGGCGCUGCUCCGCAACGGGGCGGCCGAGUGGGGGAAGUAUCCGCGCUGCUGGCGCUUCUGCGAGGCGGGGCUCCUUCGAGGAGAGCCGGAGCACUCAGCAGCAGAGCGGGAGCGCGAGGCGGCUUGGUACCUGCAGGAGACCCCUGCCCCUGAUCGCUGCCGGGAGCUCGCGGAGCGGCUCGUGGCGGCGGAGAGCUCGGAGACGGCGCGGAAGCGGCAGAAGCUCGAGAAGGAGACCUCCGAGCGCCGCCGCCUCGAAGCCGAGUUUCAGAAGUCGCAGGAGGAGGGCCGAGAGCUGCGCAGUCACCUGGCUGCGGCGGAGGCGCAGGUAUCGUUCCACGCCGCGGAGCUCCAAGCAGCGCAGAGCGAGAGUGCAGGUCUCAAAGAGCGGUGCGAGGAGUUCGCGCACCGUGCGGCAGCUGCGGAGUCAGCCGGGGCGGAGAUGCAGCAGGAGCUUCGGCAAUUGCAGGAGGAGCACGGCAAGUGCCAGGAGCGUUGCGAGGAGCUUGCGGAUCGUUUAGAGGCGGAAGCCUCUGAGCAUGUUCAGACGAAGGAGCUUCUGACGCAGGCCCAGGUUCAGGUGCAGAGGCGGCCAACGCAGGCGGUUUCCACGGAAGAGGCCGCGAGGAAGGCCGACGCACAGGAGGAGAAGGCGGUGCUCCAGGAGCGGUGCGAGCAGCUCAGACAGCAGCUGGCCAAGGCAGAGGCCGAGAGGUCGGGGAUGCUCAAGCAGCUUUUGCAUCUGCGGGAAGAGAGGGGCAUGUACAAGGAGCGCCUCCGUCAGCUCGAACACCAGCUUUGUGAAGCGAAGAUUCAGGACCCAGGGUCCCAUCAGCAGUGUCACGCCCGGCAUUGCGAAGUUCCCGUGGACGAAGCCUCCAGCAGCCAGGAGCCCGAUCUUGCCGAGCAGCUGGGGUAUAGUUUCGUGGACGACGAUGGCACAUCCUCUUCGGUCUUGAGCUGCUCCUCCUGGUUCUCAGUGAAGCCGGACUCUGCAAAACAACAGAACUGCUUCCUGGUGGACGCCAUCUUCAAGACGCGAAGCUACGGCACGGACUUCUUCCUGAUGGGCAGGGACCUCAAGAAAGGGUCGCAGGUGGUGGCCGGAGACGAUGCAUCUAUCCUGGAGGUGGCCAAGAUGCCGGAGAUCUGCGACGCCAGCGAGGUGGUGGAGCUGCAGGCGGGCGCUGCAACCUUGCGGGUGACCCCGGACCACUUGGUCCAGGUUGCCGACCCAAAGGGCGAGGCGGAGGAGAGCCUCUACCUUGCAGCUGGCCAGCUGAAGGCGGGUGACCUGGUGAUGCUCGACUCCGGCGAGGUUGCGGCCCUCAGCAGCGUCGUCCUUCGGCGCGAGGCCUGCCAGGUUCUGAAGAUCGUCUUCGAGCCGGACCUCCCUGUGGCGGUCUUCUCCCGUCCGACCUGCAUCCUCAGCUUGGGCCACAAGCGGAAGCCGCCCAUUCGUCGCGGCGGAAGGAGCCAGGGAGGCCCGGGUCCCUCGGAUGACAGCAUGGAUGGCAGGGCCUCCAUCCCAAUCACGGCGGGCGAGUACAUGGACUAG